UCGCCCCGCCCGCCCGGCACACGCCGCACUCCCGGCGCCGGCAAUCGCGGAGGUGACGGCGAUGGCGGGAGGGCAGCCGGGCGAGCCCACCCCCGAGGAGUUCGCGUACGGCGAGGAGGACUUGGUGCUGCAGGCAGCCGGCUGGGGCGGCCCGGACUCCGCGCCCUCCCGGUUCGACCGGGUGCUGCUGGCGGGCUGGAGCGACCGUAUGGAGCGGGGAUUGUUCCGGUACCGGCUGGGACCGCUGCCCACCCGCGUCCUGCCCGGCGCCCUGCGCCUCGUGGCGCAGCUGAACGAGCAGCGCAGCGCGGAGCGCCGCCCGCCGCAGCCCGUCCGCAGCCUGCGGGACCCCUUCGACCCCGGCGCCUUCAACUUCACCCGGCUGCGCCCCGCCGAGCUGCUGUUCCGCCUGCGCCGCACCGGCGGCCCGGGGCCGCCCCCCGAGCCGCUGCUGGUGGCCAUCAACGCCAGCCCGCUGGAGCGGGGACACGUCCUGCUGCUGCCGGAGCCGGCGCGGCGGCUGCCGCAGGUGCUGACGGCCCCGGCGCUGCGCGGGGCGCUGGAGGCGGCGCUGCUCAGCGCCCACCCCGGCUUCCGCGUGGGCUUCAACGGGCUGGGCGGCGGCGCCUCGGUGAACCACCUGCACCUGCACGGGCUCUACCUGGACCGCCCGCUGCCGCUGGAGGAGGCACCGGCCGAGCCGCUGGGACCGCGCCUGGGGCUGCUCCGCGCCGGACCGGCCCCCGCCUUCCUCUUCUUCGCGCCCGGCCCCGCCGAGCUGGAGCCGGUGUCGCGGGCCGUGUGCCGGGCGGCGGAGCACCUGGGCGCUGCCGGGCUGGCCUGCAACGUGCUGGCCACGCGGGGCGACCCGCCGGCGGGGCCCGGGACCGGAGCCGGCCGCGGGCUGCGGGUGCUGCUGUGGGCGCGCCGGCCGCUCUUCGGCCCCAAGGCGGGCGAGCCCUUCGCCGUGGCGCUGUGCGAGCUGGCAGGGCUGCUGCCGCUGCCCACCGAGCCGCUCUACCGGGACAUCACCGAGGCGCAGGCCCUGAGCGCCAUCCGCCAGCACCUGCUGCCCGAGCCCGAACUGCUGCAGCUGGGCGGGGAGCUGGCGCGGCUGCUGGAGAACUGAACCGACGGCACGGACAGCGGUGUCCCCUCCAUCAACCUGAGCGGCUGCAAGUACGAGAGUGGUGAGUCAGAGGGGUCCCUGCAGCCUUCCAGCCCACACCCGCAGGCUCUCCAGGUGCUGGCACCCAGUUCCCACUGGUUUUACUGCUGCCAGUGACUGGGACUGGACCCCGGUGUUAAUGGGGAGUUUGUCACACUUCGGAUUGAGAUUUCUCCUGAUUUAAAAUGUGCAACAGCAGCAUGACCCCUCAACAUCCCCCACACUUGAGCUGGCCAGCUGUCUGCUAAAAUGGGCAAGAAGGGUUCCAUCAGCUACAGGGCAAGGGAGCACCUGGGCUUGAAGACAGGACCUGAGGGUUGUCACCUGUUUAAGGAAAAGCUGGUGGUGGGCAGGCAGGAUCUGUACCUGGAACUGUCCCUGUGCUGUUCAUCCCUGGUGACUCCAGGGAGCUGGUCCACUCUCCCCUCCCACUCUUCUUUCCUUCCACAAGCUGGGUCUUGAAAAAACAAACUCCUGGCUCUUAAUCUAAUUUGCUGAGGGAUCUUGGAAAGUGUGGAUCCCCAUCACCUCCCCAGCCCUGCCAAAUUCAUACGUGGCACUAGCAUGAACCAUCCCAGCAGAGACCUUUUCCCGCUGAGCUGUGUUCUGCUGCUGAAAGACCUUUUAUUUGGGAGAUUAAACUCACACCUUUGCAACA